AGCGAGAGGAGGAUUAUGGCCGUGUCCUGACCCCCUUGGCAGGGAUGGCGAUGGCCCUAUAAAUAUGUCAGCGGGACAGCGAGGCGAGCGCCGACCCACAGACCUUGACACCUUGACCUGGGGCUGAUACUGCUGCAUGGCAAAGCCCGGGGCUGGGUCCCUCCGAGAGCCGCGUUUGGCUGUGCAGAUCCGGCGCUUUGAGCCAUGCACCUGCGCGGGUGGAUGCGCGCUGCCCCGGGGACACGCUGAGCUGCGCCGGGAGUGGAGCCCGCCGCCAGGUGGAAUGGGGCAGCCAUGAACGGCGAUGCCCUGUGCCAGGAGCCCUCCUCCCCGCUCCCCGACUGGCGCGAGUUCUGCGAGCUGCACGCCCAGGCGGCCGCCGUCGACUUCGCCCAGAAGUUCUGCCAGUUCCUGAAGGAGAACCCGCACUACGACACGCCGGGCGCCGAGGCCUCCUUCUCCCACCACUUCGCCGCCAACUUCUUGGAUAUCUUCAGCGUGGAGGUCAGCCGGGUGUUCGUCUCCGACUCGCCCACCAAGUACAACAUCGUGCCCUUCGUGGGGCUGCAGAACUGCCACGUGCCCUACGGGCGUGAGGUGGCCCAGCGCAAGGAGGAGACGUCCACCGAGUCCUUGGACAGCAUGGAGGCCCCGCUGGGUGCCGGCCGCUAUCUCAGCCCGGCGCAGCAGGCGCAGGCCCGCAAGGUGUCCUCCUACGGCCAGUCCCGCAGCUCGGAGGACGUCUCUGUGCAUGCCUCCGCCAAGCCCAAGUUCAAGAAGGGCUUCUCCUUGAGGAACAUGAGCUUGUGCGUGGUGGAUGGCAUGAAGGAGAUGUGGCACCGAAGGUCUUCUCCUGAGCCGGGCGCCGAGGCGGCUCCGGGCAACAGGAGGGCUGAGAGGGAGCCGUGGGGCAAGGAGCCCGCCGACCCCCGCGAGAAGUGGACCCACAAGCUGCGUCUGUCCAAGGCGCAGUCCUCCAAGGUGGAGCUGGUGGACAUCCAGAGGGAGGGCACGCUGCGCUACAUGGUGGCCGACGACACGAACUGUGUGGGGAGCUCGCAGUGGCAGAAGUGCCGCCUCCUGCUGCGCAAGGCCGUGAAGGUGGAAGGGGAGAGGUUCCUGCUCGAGUUCUACGUCCCUCCCAAGGCUUCCAAGCCCAAGGUGAGCAUCCCACUGUCAGCCAUCAUCGAGGUGCGCACCACCAUGCCUUUGGAGAUGCCUGACAAGGACAACACCUUUGUGCUGAAGGUGGAGAAUGGUGCUGAGUACAUCCUGGAGACCAUUGACUCCCUGCAGAAACACUCAUGGGUGGCAGAUAUCCAGGACUGCAUCGACCCUGGGGACAGCGGGGAUGACAUCGAGUUGGCAUCCUGUGCGCAGGGAGCCUGCCUGCCAGGCCGGGCGUCCUCCUGCAGCUGCGAGUUCCUGGCUGAUGAUGCGCACAGGCUGCCAGAUAGAUGUGCCCUGCCCAGUGCUCAUAAUGCUACCACCACUGCGGUGCCCACACCCCACGGCCGGGGCAGGGACUCCAUGGGGGAGCUGCUGGCCCACGUCCCGCUGGAGAGCUUCUUGCAGACAUUGGAGUCUGCACCCACAGCCAGUGCACACCUUGCAGGAGAGGACAGCGAAGCGGACACAGAGAUCAACCUCUCCGACUUCCCCUGGUUCCACGGGACGCUGUCGCGGAUCAAGGCGGCUCAGCUGGUGCUGUUCGGCGGUGCCCGGAGCCACGGUCUGUUCGUCAUCCGGCAGAGUGAGACACGGCCGGGGGAGUACGUGCUGACCUUCAACUUCCAGGGGAAAGCCAAGCACCUCCGGCUGUCGCUGAACGAGAGCGGGCAGUGCCACGUGCAGCACCUCUGGUUCCAGAGCAUCUUCGACAUGCUGCGACACUUCCACACGCACCCCAUCCCGCUGGAGUCGGGCGGCGCUGCAGACAUCACGCUCCGCAGCUACGUGGUGGCCCAGAGCCUGCAGCCCGACGUUGGCCCUCCGCCAGCCCUCGUGCCACAGCCGCCGCUCUGCCGCACCGACCCACCACCCCCACACUAUUUCUGCAACACAGCGCCCGCUGCCCCGCCAGUCCCACCACCCGCUGAGGGGGUGGCUGUGCCCCCCGCCGUCCCCGCGCCCUACCACCGCCUGGAGGGAGCCCUGGGCCCCCGCAGCCGCAGCGACAGCGCUGAGCGCCGGCCAGAGCCCCCUGCCACCGGCACUGAGGACUACCAUGAUGCUGACGGUGCCCGCAGUCGGACCCGGGCAGUGGAGAACCAAUACUCCUUCUACUGAGCCCCUCGGGGGCGGGAUGGUGGGGGGAUACGGGGCAACCGUUCCCCUUGCUGCUGCACCAGCCUCACUGCCACCACCAGCGCUGGGGCCAGGACAUCCUCCUUGCUCCUGUGUGAUGGCCCAGCUGGACCUGGCAGCACUGAGGGGGUGCGAGGUUGGAAGCAUCAGUGCCGUUUUGGAGCUUGCGGCACCUUCCCUUUCCCUCCAGACCAAGUGUUCUCCCAGCACUGAGGUUUGGGCGUUUGGGGAUGGGGAUGGAAGUGUCCCUGCAGAGCUGUCCUCGUAGGCGCAGGUCUGUGUGCCUGGAGGCACUGUGCCCCAUGCCCAGCCCAGCUCCAUCCUUGAGCAUUUCCCAUGCUCUGCCAGGAGAAGGCUUUUUUUCCAAAGCCUGAUGCAUCUCAUUGGAGGAAGGUUUUUCCCUGCUUUCCUGCCCUUUCUCUUCCUUUAUCCUUUUUCUCCUUGUAGAGACUCCCUGAACACCACCCUUUCUUCCUCUCCUUUGCUUCUGAAACCUUGGAUGCCUACGAGGGUAUCAGCAGUCUUCUGCCUCCUUUCUACAGCACUCAUUGCCAUCGCUGAAGGCAAACCUUGGAAAAUACAACACCAGCCCCACUCGCAUCAGCCCUUAGUUGGAGUAUCUCCAGGGGGGUCAGACAGAGGCCAGGUGCAAGGCGGGAGGCAGAAUUGCCCCCACAGCACUCCCCAGGAGUGCAAACACUACAGACCUUCAGUAGAUGCUAUUGAAGAUUUUUAUUUUUUAUUUUUUUUUCUUAUAGAAAUUGAAAAAACCCGGAGAGAGUGAAAGGAACAGGGCUGCUGCCAGGUGGGGCUGUGCAGGUGGAACACAGGGGCCGGGUUGGGCUGACGGCAUUGGGAUUUCCCUUGCUCAGGUGCUACCCUCCCCUCACCAGUGGCAGCACCGCUGUGUGCAGGGACCACGUGCUGUCUCUGCCUGUCAGCAGCAUGGUGGCUUUUGAGCAGACCCCUGCAGCAGAUCUCCAGCAUGAAAAGGAGCUCCCUCUGCACUGCUGAGACCUGGGAGAGAGCAUAGAGGAGAAAGACGCUGAGGCCAGGCUGCUUGCUGGGACUGUGUGCUUCAUGUAGGGUAUGAGUCAAGCCACAGCCAAGCUCCAACUACAGUGAAUUGCCUGAAGAGUCGUUCUGGCGUCUGGUUUUGGUUUGGAUCAGAUUUUUUUUUUGUUAGGUGCCUUCUUUCCUGAGCUAGCAAAGCGUGUUCCAGCUCUGGAGUCACUUCUUGUCCUUCCCACGGGCAGGGAUGAUGCUGUCUUUGAGGCUUGUAGCUUCCUCCAGAGCUGAGAGCUGCCUUCUGGGCUGCUGAGGGCUGGGAGCUCUCCUUCCUGCAGCCAGCUCCCACUGCUGCAAACACACAGCCCUCAAGCCCUGCCCUGCCAGCAGCCACCUCCCAGUGCAAAGGCUGGGGCAGUGGGAGUGGGUAUUUCUCCUUGCUCACGCAGGGAGAAGCUAGAUGCUCUAUGUCGCUGGGUUUAACACACACUCCCUUCACAUACACAGUGAUUGAGUGGGGACCUCCAGAUGUGGCGCAGAUGUCACUGCUCUUGUUCUCCCCACAGUCCCCAGGUGGCGGUGGAUGGGAGCACUGCCUUAGAGACCUUCACAUGUUGGCUGAUUUGUCAUCAUCUGCGUCACGGGAUAGGAGUGGGGUGGGGGGGAGCAGCAGUCUGCAAACAAACAUGUUCAUUUGUAAAUAGGGAAGAGUCUGGAAGAGUUUACUGUUCUGUAGAAUAAAUUAAUUUUAUUUAAAAAAAAAAAGAGGAGAAAAGGGGACUUGUUAAACAAAUGGAGAACUCGAGUUCCAGUUUUAAAAUAAAACCACUUGCAAAAAGGACAGCACAAGAACAUGAGCAUGGAGCUUUGCUGUGUAGAAGGAGAGAGGAUGCUGUCAUGUUGCAUGCGUACAGACCUCGCUGCUGGCCUGAGGCAGCUGUGGCAGGGCACAGGCUGCCCAGCAGAGUGGGUCUGGCACACUGAGGAGGGAGGAGGUGGCAUUUUUUAUCACGGUUGAGCAGAGGGAGGUGGAGGACACGUCCAGGCUUUGCAGGGCUGGGUUUCCUCUCCUCUCAGUCUGUCGUUUUCAUUGUCUGGCGUGUCGCCGGUGUAAGUUGAAACGCCCUCAUCCCUGGAGCGGAGCAGAUAAAAGUGAAUUUACAGCCCUGGGGAGCAUCUCCUAGCAGCAGUGUUCCCCAUACGUGUUUUCCAACCCCCCUCCCCAAGGGAGGCAGGCAGUGCCUCAUGCUCUGCUGCCGUACAUCUUCCUAGCGUGCUCUUUUCUGCCGAGGAUCCCCAGGGAAAACCAGUACGUGGUCCCAGACUGUGCUGUCACAGCUCUGCAGCAUGGCAGACACAGCUUCCAGACGCAGCUCACACAUGGCUUUUGGGGGUGGAGAGAGCUGCUCAGCUCUGUAAUAAGGCCACGGUUGCAUCACGACCCAUUCACAAAAACAUCCCCUCCCCAAAAAUCUCUGGAGCCUGUUAACCAGCCCUGGAUGCCCAUCCAUCAGGGCCUGGCCAGCUGGGGAGCUGACAGCCCUUCAUUGCUGCGAGGGCUGUGCCUGCAGGACAGCUGCUCCUCCUGCCUCCCGGUAAGCCAUUCACACCUCGGCGUAUUAGCGAAUCGCCUAAUGAUGGCAUUAGUUCUGCUGGAAAACGUGCGUUCCUGUCCUUUUGCUGGGUUGCUCUCUGCGUUGCACAUGGAGAUGGAGCAGUGAAACGGGAGAGUGGGCUCAGUGUGGGCUGGGCAGGUUGGUGCUGCUCUGCGGUGCGCUGCACUCUGGUUGAUGCCAUGAAGGAGGAGGAAGAUGUGGGGCUUGCAGCCGUGCAGCCUUUUGCAUUUCUUGCAUGUUUCAGCUGUCCGCAGCAGCUCCUGCCUGAUUGAUGUGCAGGGCUUUUCUGUGCACAGCUCCCUGCGCUUCCAGAAGGAUCCCUUUUGUUAAGAAAACACCUCAGAAUGUAUUGGCUUUGGAACACAAAGGAGCUUCUCUGGUACACGUCAGGGAGCGUUCUUGUUUGCUUUGCACUGAACUGCUCUAAUGCAAAUCCCGUGUCCCCAGCAAGCCCAGUUCUGCCCAGAUCCCAGCUCAUGGGUUUUCUACUUUAUAAUGAUGUGAUGAAAUCCAUCCUAUUUUGGUCUGACACAAGUGACAAUCUCGUCUUUCCUCCCCAGAUGCAUCUCAAAAGUAACACGUGCGUACAGCGAGGGUCCACACUAAUUCCCUAGCUGUGUCAUUUGGGAGGGCAUUACUUGCAGGUCUGUCUCCCCGUGCUGUUUGCGUGGGCUCUGUCCGAUGACAGGCAGCUGCCUGUCGUUUCCCAGAGCUGCAAGUUGUUGCCAGCACAAGCCACGCUUUGGGCAAGAGAAUCGAGCUGUCCAGCUGCUCCCUUCAGCCCUCCAGCCAUCGUGGUGUCUGUGGCUGUCACUGAUUUGCUGUGCUCCAGAAGCGAUUGGCACAGCCACGCAGAGACCUGACAGCAUCGCUCACACCCCCGCUUUUGGAAGCCGUGCUUUGGACCCAGGGCUGGGAGAGCUGCAGGGACAGGAGCUCACGAGCUGGGAGACAGCAUGGAGGAAGCUGUUUGCAUGGCAGCAGCCAGGGCUGUGGCUGCAGGGAUGCCUUCCAGGGCCAGCGCAGACAGCUGGGAACUCAGCCAGCGCUGAAUUCAAGCCAUUCUUUUAUAAAUCAGGUUGGUAAGACAAACACGAGGCAUAAACUAGUGCCAUUUCCAUAGCAACCUCAGCAGAGGUAAAAAGUCUUUUGUAAACACAGGGAGGACUGAACCUGUGGAUCCGCUCUGAUUUUCUUCACAGACGAGAGAAGAGCAUGUGGGCUUAAUAAAUUCAGGCCUCCCCAACAACGAACACCCGAGCCCUAAGGAGGCCGAGGCACAGCUCACGCAGCCCACACUGCUUCCUACACCUCCCCUGAGGCGCACCGACCAGUUUGCGGUGGGCAGGCACGCAGAAGGGCAGCGCCCAGGCCCGGCGCCAUUGGAGGCCGCCUCCAUCAUGGCGGCCACGCCCAUCAUGGCGGCCACUCAGCGUCGUGCGCGGUGACGCCGGAAGUGGGCGGGGCGCUGUGGGACGGGAAGAUGGCGGCGCCCUCGGCCCCGCGGCCGCCCCGGCCCCGCAAGGAGCCGCAGCCGCUCGUCAUCCCUCGCAACGCCGCUGAGGAGCAGCGCCUCCGCCUCGAGCGCCUCAUGAGGAACCCGG